UGUUAUGUUAGCAUUAAAACGUCAGCGGUUUGCUUUGCCGCGCGUCUCCUAUUGUGCAGUCAGUUUUUUAUGCCUAUCAUGGCUGACAUAAAAUAAUGUAGGAAGGCACCGAGCUCAGCCGAUGAAUCUCAUAAGUUAAGGGUAAUUAAGGCUUGCAUCAUUGGUGUUAAGUAAUUUUACAUAUCUGUGUGACACCAGCCAUUGUAUAGGAGUAACAUUCCCAUGGGAAAAGAAAAUUUUUAUUCAUAUUAUUUGAAAUGGAGUACGUUUUGUUUUCGUGUGAAUAACAUCGAAAGCUGUUGGAUGUUAAUUGGAACUGCUUUGUAAAUUGUUAUUAACGUGGUAUCUUUUGCUUUUCUAUUUACAAAAUACCAGGAACUUCGGGUUUGAGGCCAAUCUUAUGAUUGGACCUGGUUUUUCGGGAGAGAUUCAGCGCUGGAUCUAUUUGUGGGUGUGAGGAGCUGGGUUGCAGAUUUUUUUGCAAGAAUGUCUCAGCAAGUCAUCAAAAAGAAGUCGGAAGAAAAUGGUGACACUCCUGAUAGUACAACUGACAAAAAGUGUGAUUUUGCUCCUAAAGAGGAUGUUUUGCUGCAGCGAGCAGAUGGUCGCUUCUACUUUGGCACCAUUGUCAAGGUGGAUUUUGCUUUGGAGAAAUGCCUUGUUAAGUUUGGAGACAACACUGAUAUGUGGGCCCCGUUUUCUGCCGUCAAGAAACUGUCAAACAGCUCUUCAGACUUGUUGUGUGUCAUUUGCAAGAAAUCUCAACCCAAUCCAGACAACGAUAUCAUCAACUGCCACAAGUGCGGGCGGGGCUACCAUCAACUUUGCCAUCAGCCAAAUAUAUCGAAUGCAAACACGAUGCCAGAUGCGGAGUGGUUUUGUCGGCGCUGCCUGGACAAUAUGCCGUGCAAGGCGCGUGAGAACAAGCAGCUGAAGAAGGAGUGUUUACGCAAGACGUGUUCCAGUGUCUCUGGGAUCCCCCGGUCAGAGGUUCCGAGGAGCGACAUGCCGCUGCAGGCAGACAAGCACAAGCUGCCAUACGACCCAGACGUGCUGACCUGGGACGCGCACCACAGGGUCAACUUCGAGCAGGCGUACUGCUACUGCGGCCAGAACGGGGAGUGGUACAUGCAGAUGCUGCAGUGCGGCCAGUGCAGACAGUGGUUCCAUGAGAAGUGUGUGCAGUGCUUGCAAUACCCCCUGUAUUACGGCGACAGGUUUUACGUCUUCGUAUGCUCCCUUUGCAACUAUGGAAAAGAAUUUGUACGUCGAUUAGAAAUGAAAUGGGUAGAUAUUGUACAUUUAGCAUUGUUUAACUUAACUAUAUUUCAUGCUAAAAAAUACUAUGACUUGGAUUCUGCAGUCAUUCCAUACGUCAACACAAACUGGAACUCCUUUCAGCUCCCACCAAAGAUUCUUGAUGUUAGUGUUGAAGAAAGGCGAGAGAAUAUUUUAGCCGUGCUAACGAACAAUAAAAAUAGGUUCAAGUGUGGGCGAGAGAUCAAGAAGCGUACCACCAUCUGGGGGCUGCGCAUGAGGGUGCCGCCACCCGCGCCCUGCUACAACCUCCCCAACAUCCGGCCAGUCAACGACGAGGUGCUCAAAGAGCGGUGGAUAGGAAUCAAGCGCCUAAAGUUCCUCCCUCCCUCGCUGAGCUUGCAUUGCAGCUCCCUGGUGUCUGGCAAGUGCAACAUCACCACCAGCUUCUUGCCCAACGGCCACGCCAGCAUGAUCAAGUCGUCGAGUGCUGCCUGUGCAGCCAAGCCCCAGGGCAAUGUCAUCAACGGCCUGGUGCCCUCCGAGGCCGGCCUCAAGCUGCUGCACAUCUCCAGGCCGGAGAGGCCCGAUGCUGUCUUCUCCUCCGCCAGCAAAGUUUGCAUCAAAAGCCCAGACUACUGCAGUGGCUUCGUGAAGAAGUCGACGCCCUUUUCCACUGCGAACCGGUCAGCUCUGAAGCAGGCGCUGCUGCGACAGAAGUACCCCAGGGAACGACUGUUGAAGCGCCAGCGCCAGCGCAACAGGCAGCGCAUCAAGAACUGUGCUGUUGCCAGGAAGCUUUUGAAAAUAGCCAUAGCGAAGCAGCAGAAGAGCUUGCAGGAGCUGCCGCCCACUCCGCCCUCGUCGUCCGCCCCCGACACACCCCAACCCGCAUCCUCCACCCCCUCUCCCGCGACCUGUUCCUCGGGACAGGUCACCGCCCUAGAGCUGGAGGUGACCGCUGCACCUGUGCAGCCCUCCACAUCGCUACCCGUGGCACCCCCCGUGACCCCCGUGGACACCAGCGGGGAUGAGGCUUCCUCCCGGUGUACGCUAGACUCCUUCAUUCCUCCACCCAAAGACUUUGAAGGUAAAAACAACCCUUUCAGGAACUUGCCAGCGUUCCUGUCGGGUCCGAACGGCCUGAACGUCACGGCGUCGCUGUUCAGCAGCUCGACGCAGAACGUUGUGAACCAGCGCCCCAUCACCCUGCCCCUGCCCCUGGCCCCCGUCCAGACGCAGCCGAUGGUGCUCAGGCCCACAAAGCGGCAGCUGAGCGAGAAGGACAUCCGCAUCGACCGCAACGGGGAGGUGAAGCGGCGCAGGUGUCGCCGGACGAGGUCUCGGUCGAGCAGCACGGCCGUGCCAGGGACGGCAAGCAAGACGGCGGCGUACCACCCUGCACGGCUGGACGCGGGCCGUAGCUUGCGCAGUACGUGCAAGUACGGGGAGAACGAGCCGUCGAAGCUCGGGGGUGCAAGUGUGCGUCGCGGGCCGGACGACAGCCUGGAGUACGUGCUGAACGGCCGGCGCCUGCGCGCCGCGCCCCGCGUCGAGACCAGGACCGGUGACAAGAAGCCUGCCGCGCAGUCCGUGCCGGUCAAGACCUCGCCUGUCAAGCAGAACCCGGUCGAAGUGUCCAUAGACGAGCUGAAGUCUUCGGUGAACAUUUACUUUGGUGCGGCCACGAGGAUAGCAUCGGGAGAGAAGUUCAGCAUCAGAGGCAGGAGGACUUUGCCCGGGGGAAGGACUCAGUACCUGAUCGAGUGGGAAGGUCCUCCGACAUAGCGGUGGUAUUGCGCACCUGAAACUCUAGAGUGUAGAAAAUUUUGUACAGAGCAAUCCAAACACACUUAAGAAUUGUACAAUUUGAAAAAGGAUAUCAUUUUGUAUACAUGUAUAAAAUACAAUUAGGAGUCUGUAAGGCAUAGUAAAUUUUAUAAAGUAUUUUAUUAGUUACUCAGUGAAAUUGGCAGGGUUUGAAAUUUUAAAGAAUGCUCUCCUUUUUCAAACUGUCGGUUCCUCCCUGCAGUUUGUAUUGAUAUACACAUUCGACUGAGCAAAGUGUGGAUAUGUGGUCACCAUUGCACCGUGGUGGCUUGUCCAUUGCAAUGCUAGAUACUUAAUAGGAAAUGACUUUAGUUACCCACCCGUCUGUUUCCACAGUUAAAAAUUGGCCUUCUGUUACCAACAAGGGUCAUCUUAUCAACAUCAAGACUUGUAGUUAUGAGAAAUGCAAAUGGCAUGUAUUUCUAUUCUAAUCGGUUGUAGUAUUUUUUUUCUUUUUUUCUUUUUCACUUUUUUCUUUCUUCAAACUCGCUAAAUUACUAGUUAAAAUUUUGUGUUUGAUUCACUAGUUGAACAUAUUUGAUUCUAUAUUGAAUGUCAACUUGAAAAACACCUUAACUUUCUUGUGAUUUGUACUUUUUUUUUUCUCCCCAUUCUGGUGUUUUUGUUACUUCCUUUGGUAUUCAAGAAAUCUCUUCAAAUAUAAAACAUUAAUUAGUUUAUCUUUAGAAAUGGGCAUAAUUAUUAAAUGGGAAUGUGUUCUUAAACUUUUUGGGUUAUUUCUGGGUUUUAGCCUCUUGUUUACUUAAUUCAUCAUUGUUAAGUAUGAUAUUCUUGUUGGAUAUUAAUUCCACUUAUGGAUGUUCCACUGUCAUAACCACUGAUCACAAGUAAUGCAGUCACACAUCUCUAUAUUUUUAAUAAUGAAUAAAUACUAAUUAUUUAAAGUGUAGACUGAUUUGCAUGAAUGUAUAUAUUGGAAUUAGUGUAGGAAAAGUAAACUGAAGUUUUAGAAACUAAAUUUACUGGUUAAAAUGUAAUAUACAUCAAAUUGGGAAAGAGACUAAGAUUAAAAACUUGUGUUUUCUGUGUUUUAGCCAUUAUUUGUAAUACCAAUUUGUUUUAGUUUCGUGCUAGUUAUUUAUUACAAGACUCAAAAACUUCAGUAGAAAGCAAAAGUUGUGGACAUAGUGUUUAUUUUAUUCUCUCUAUUAUUUGGCUUUUUUUUUAAACUGAGGUUCUUAACUGAAACAGUGUAACAAUAUUUAAUAAACCAAUCUCUCUUAAUAAAGGUUGAAGAUGUAGUAUACAGAUGCAUUCCAUCUGUAACGUUUUUUUAGGUUUUGAAAAAUAAUAAUUAUUUUGUGAACAUGAUAUAUUUCUUAAUUUCUUUCAAAUACAGUAUGAAUUUGUAUUUUUCGUACUAUCCUGCAUAAAUUGCACGAAAUGUAAUUAGAAAUAUUGUUUUCAUUUUAAGUAGUGUACACAGUAUAAUUGCAGGUUUCCUCUGAGAGAAAGUUAAGGUUGUUAUUCAGUUCCAUUUGUGUGUCUCUCCAGCUUCGUGUCAGUUGGCUGUUGUUCCAAGACUUAUUAUGUUAUUGCAAAUAUAAGUUACAUAUUGUUGUGCUUUCUUAAUAUGCUCUGCCCACAGCCUAGUUUUUAUAAAGCAGUAUAUGCUUUGUUAUGAUUUGGUCUGUAAUGCCAGUACAUAAUUUUAAAAUUUUGUAAUGAUGCCAUUUUGAAGAAGAAAAAAUUGUGCCAUAUAAUGUUUUUUAAGAUGACUAUAGAACUGUUUCGGGUCCUCAUAAGGUAUUGCAGAUGAUGGUCCAUCGAAAAUGAUAGCAAAAUUUAGAAGAAUUUAAGAAUGUGUGGAGUUGUUACAGGGUGUCGGCAGGUCACAAAAGUCAAGACAGUCACGAAAAAGUAACAAAGAAAACUGAAGAACAGUCAGGAAGGUAAUUGAAAUGAACUGUAACCGGUGCUGGACACCAAUGUUAAUUUGCGGUUUUAUUUAUAUAUAUAUAUACACAUACACACACACACACACAUACACACACACACACAUACAUACAUACAUACAUACAUACAUACAUACAUACAUACAUACAUACAUACAUACUUUAUAUUUUAGUUUCGUGAUGAAUAUAAAUACGUAGUUUGAAACUGUUUACUUAAAUCGUAUGGAAAUUAUCUCUAAAAAGGUUUUAAUUUUCGAACUUGAGAAAUUGGUACGGUUCAGUAAUGCUUGAUCUAUUUUGUAUUAAAUUAAUUGUUUAAUUUUGUAAAAUAUACAUAUCUCUGUGAUAUAAAUAAAUUUUUAAUUUAAAAUGUCAGUUUUAUUUUCUUUUUUUUUUCCAAUCUUUGGUUCAGUUCCAGUUCCUUAAAAUCGGUUUUAAGUUAACCUCCACACAAUUUCCAGUCACACCAAAGAUACAUUAAUGUCCUAAUAAGUAGUGUGUUUAUUUGUUUAACAUGGCUUAUUAGCGCCCCACUUUACCAUAGUCCGGCCACAAUAGUCACUUAGCCUUCUCACCAAAUGCUGGAGCAGCACUGUAUCAACAUCCUGUGCCGCAGCAAUAUCUAGUAAUGCAUAUUAACCUUUUUUACUCUGUCAGUUUUUAAUUUAGCACAUUAAUAAAAAAAUAGCUUGAGAAUAAUUUAAAUAUUGUAAUAACUUAAAUAUUUAAAUUUUAAAUAUUGUUCACAAGAGAUUAAGUAAAUAAUAACAAAUAUAAACUAAUAUUAAAUCAAGGUAUGUAUAUUUUAUAAUGGACAUGGGAUGUAACCCCCAGGUUAACUGAUGUCUGUUAAGAGUUAGUUAACAACACUUUUUUUUUUGUUAUCAGUAGGGGCAGGCAUUUUUCGUGUAAAGAUCUGCACACCUAUUAGAGUGCAACAAGGUAUACCCACACCAGCGGUUUUUUCCUUGUGAUUGGCGUCCGUAUGCGAGAGAAGUCGUUGCCUUAUUUGGCCGAGCCAUUCAAGACGUGUUUGCUUCCGCACUGAAUUACUGUGAUUGGUGUAGUUACAAUCGACAUGUACCUGGAAGAAUCUCACCCAAUCACGAAACACAGACGAUGCUACAGUGUUUUAACUUUCAGCUGGUCUCAAAAUCUUUUCGCGAAAUCUGUAUGGCCCUAGUUAUAAGUGAUUGGCUGCAAAAAGUAGUUGCAAGUACCUACCUUUAGUUAAUGAGUAGUAUACAACUUUGUCAAGGUAGUUAUUUUUAAGAAAGGAUUUUAAAGUAUAUUCAGCCAGUGUUAUUUUUUCAAAGGUCUACUUUUAGUUUAAAUGACCAUCCCUGUCUCCUAGUGGAAAGGCAAAAACAAAAAUAUAAAAGUAUCUUCAGCAUUUUGGCGCAAAGAACUCUUUUGUUUAGUUUGGGACACUUCCUGCUGAUACUAUCUUUCCAUCUGGGCAAUUACACCGGGUGCUGGAGUUAAGAAGAGAGUGUCAUGUGGCAGCGUUUUACCGGAAGCCCAUUGUAUCUUCACCAGGGAAAGGUUUAGCUGCGAUACAGAAUUAUAUUUACAGUUCUAUGUGCGGGAAGAACCGUGACCCGACAUCACUUAACUUAAAAUAUAGGCCUGUGCUUGCGAAUAUUCAAAUUUUUGGAUACAAAUGUAUUUACAUGCAAAAUUGUACCCUGACUUACGCGAUUUAUACUUAAACGGUUAUUGCUUGGUCCCACCUAUCGCUUAAGUUAGGGGUAUUACUGUGUGUGUCAUAUAUAUAUAUAUAUAUACACACAUUCUCACACAAAAAUAUAUAAACACGUUGCUCUUCUCUUUUUUUCGAAUUUCAGUCUAUAGAUUUGAUAAAUUAUAAGGAGGGUUGUUCUUGUGUUAAGUUAUUAACACUAUGCAUUUUACUCGUCCACUGCCUGACUUCAGUGACUUCUUGCUUCCUUGUGCCUGAGUAUGGCUUUUUUCAUGUAUGUUUUUUAGCACAUUCUUUUCAAUUUUAUAUUUACAUAGUGUCUCAUUCAUUUUUAUUUUUGUUUUGCCAGUGGCAUGAACAUUUAUUCAUGAACUGAAAAAUGUUUUGGCAAUUAUAAACUAAAAAUUCAAUAGAGAUUCAUAUUUUUGAGGCUUCAGUUUACUUUGAAUGGCAUGCAUGUAUCUUACUAGGUAACUUGGCUCAAGUGAGGGACAGUUGUGUUAACAUUUUUACAGCCUUAUCACGUCGCUCGUACUGUUCUGUACAUGUAUUAAUACUGCCAAUGCUAAAAGAUCACUGCCUAAAAUGUUGAAGCUGAUAGAUGUGUACAUAUGUUCGUGUUUAUGUGAUGGUGUGUUUGUACGUUUGACUAAAGUAACACGUUUAUCUAUAUUUCCAAGCAGUCUGAAGGGAUGGGGGUUUCACGGGAAGGUGUGUAGUUGUCUUCAGGGUCUACAUGUUUCAGUAACAUAAGGAUUAUUUUGUUUGUGAGUGUAAAGAGCUUUUGUCAUUUUAUUGGGUUUGAGUGUUUGUGGUGUGUUGUGUUGGUCAUUCAUCCAGUGCUGUAGAAACAAAAACAAAUACUCCUGUUCAACCAACAGACUGGGAAACCUUAAGGUUUUGUGUUCAAAGUGAUAUCUCAUUUAUUUUUACAGUCUUAUGGAAUAAAGCAAAGUUGCACAGCUAGUCUUAAUUUUUCAAAUUAGUGAUUGUACAAUAAUUUUUGCAGAAUUAAUUUGUUUAUACAAAGUGCAAAAUGUUUUGGCCACUUCAGGUUUGUAUUUUGUACUAAAUUGAUGGUUUUCUUCAAGUAAACCGGUGUAAUUUGCAUUUGGCAACAUAAUUUUUUCUUUAUUCUUAAUAAUUAAGGGUGUAUAAAUAAAUAUAUACACACACACAAACACACAGAGUUGUAGGAGUUUGAGAAGCAUUACAAAUCAAAAUAGUGUUGAAAUAUUUUUAUAUCUUGGGCAUUAAAAUCCUUUAAAAAAUUGUACUUUAGGCAGCAUGAUAUUGACUCAUUGAAGUGGUGCUCUAUCCUCAAUAUAGCUUUGUGUUAAUUUAACACAAACUGUUUUAGACUUGUUACAAAAAGAUACCACAGAAGUGCACAAUACUAAGAAUAAUCACAGAGUGGUGAUUAAAAUUUCAAAUGAAGUGUGUGAGUGUGGGAAAUCCAUUUUUAGAGAAUUCCAAACUUCAAAUUUUUUAUUGUUAUAAGGUUUUAUAUAAGUAGGUAGAUGCCACUAUAGGACAUAUACAAUCUUUUAAUGUAAACAAAAAAAUGCAUCUAGCCUUUUACAACCAGGCAGCAAUAAUUCCUUUUCCAGUGUCUCAAUGCAAGAAAAGAAAUAAAAAUUUUAUAUCAUAACGUAAAAUAAUUAGCUAGCGAUAUGUUUCCCAAACAAAAUUUUGCCACAAACUGAAAUAUUUAAUUACUUGUUAUCACAAAAAGUCUCUUUUUCAUCACUAAGUAAAGUAUAACUUUUGGUGUUGCACAAGUGAAAUUUAUGUUCUUAUUGUAAAGUUAAAUAAUUUUUUGUCAAGACUUAUUUGUGUAGAAAAAAUGUCUUUGGAAUAAAAUCAUAUCACAAAAAAAAAAAAGCAUUUACACACAUCUGUGCCUGACCAAUUUAAGUGAGCAGCAAUGCAUUUUGAGCUUUCCACAAGUUGUUAUCUGUGCUCGGGUAGGCUUAAACGGGACUCAAUGAUCCAUCGUAUUGGUCCGUUUCCCACAUUUACAUAACUUUGAGCCAGUCAGAAGUCCCGAAAAAUUCCAUCCGUCCAUCAAAAGCUUCCCAAACUUUAACUUUCAACGGACAUAUGGAAAUAUAACCUCCAAAACUUUGGCAAAAUAUUACUGGAGACCUUUACUAUGUUGAAAGUUUUAAGUUUGUUUAUUUGUUUGGCUGCUUCCAUUAAAUCUUUUUAACUUACGUUUGAACACAUUUUAAAGUUUGAUAUUUUAUACAAAAAUCGACCAAGAAACUAAGUGUAGUUACCCUGUUUUAUCGCUUAAUUGUCAUACAUUUUUUACUAAAAUAAAGUUUGAAAUGUAAGAAUGCAACUAUUAUGUGAAAAAAAUAUUUUUUUUUUAGGUAAAAAUAUUUGUAAAAACAAAACCUAUGCAUGGAAAGUGCUUUUAUUUAAAAAAAUAGAGUAUACAAAUUCAAGCCAAACAAUUUAAAUUAAUAAGUCACGCAACAAAAACAUUUUGUUCAACUUUAAAUAGAAAAACCAAAACUGUAACGCGAACGUUAGUCGAAACGCAUAAGUAUCAUCAUAGUACACAUCACCAGAAAGCGCGGGCUAUCAAAUGUGGUUAACUUGCCACUGGAUAGAGCGUGCGCUAAGCAUGAAAUAGGUGAGCUAUCUGUAUCAAUAUUCGACUACGUGUGCGCGCUCUAAACGGCAAUCAACAUAACCGAACAUGAAUGAUGCCAACUAGCGCUGGCUACAUUUUUAUAAGCGGUACACAGCGGUGACGAAGACGAAAAGAUAAACGUUAUAACGUUUGAAAACGUCUUUGAAAGAAAAUUUACACAUCAGACUUCAUAUUUCUGUUAAUUAAAUAUUUAAGCGGUAAUAUACGAAUGAAUAUUAGAUUUCAACUUUAAAAUACAUUGUUUUAUACAUGAAAACUACCUACACAAAGCGCUUGGAAAUUAAAAACAUCAUGCGAUGUUAUGUGAGAAAUUUUUUUCUCCAAAUUUUGAUGUCCUUAGUCAACGGUGCGACGAUCAUGCGAUAAAACACAGUAUUAUGUAUGAUAAAAAAAUUAUUAAUAAAUAUUGGAAUGGGGGGAAAAUUGAGUAAACUGAUUUAUGUGCUUAACUUUAAUAAUCAUAAACCUAAUCUACCUUUAAAGAUAAAUUUUCACCACUAUUUAAGCUUCCUAGUGUGAUUGCAGAAUCAAAAUAGAAAAGCAAUGACAGAUGUGUGGAUCUUUGUGAUUCGCUCUGCUGUUGGGAUGGACGGGCUGUUGGACCAUUGGGAGUCCACCGUUAUUAUCGGAAUGGAGUGAUGGGUGACACAAGCCAUUGAAACUACGCACACAGGUCAUCUGUUCUGGCCGCUUGCAGACCUGUUCUCAAGGUGUAUGGCCAUGACUGCAGUUAUUAUUAAAUAUUUUCAAAGUGUUGUAUAAAUUAAGGAUAGCAGCAGUACUGCCCCUAAAAUUAAUUGUGAGCUAACAAACAUAUAUGUAUUCAAUAAUUUUUUAUGGGAUUUCUCUGUACCUAUUUCAGAUUGGCUUUUCUACGUGAAUAAUUGAGAUUUGACUGUACCUUACAAUACUUCUGAAAACAUGAAGUAAUUUAUUUACAAAAAUGUUCAAAAUCCAACAAAAGAAAUAAAAUAUCAUUUGUAGAGAGAAACCAUUCAACAAUAUUUUAUUUAUCCUGCAAAACAUCUUCAUGACUAUAGCUUUGUUACUUUGGCAACUUCUUUUUCAUGGAAACUGAUUCUUUCCUGAUCUAACGGUAUUUUAGUUUGUGGACUGACGGGAUUUCUGAGCUGAACUCAAUGAUUGCGUUUUGAGAGUACAUUGCUUGAAUCGUGUGAUAGCUAUGACAUUCAGCAUCAUGAUAUAACUUAUUUAAAAUACCAUUUAUUAAUUUCUUACGACCCCAUUACUUUGCAGGCUGAAAUUAGAUCGGGUCUAAAUUUCUCUCUUGCAUUUUAUUGGACUGGCGAAAAUGUGACACAUCUCACACCUGGAGCAGGAAAGGUAUAACCAGCAAAUAUCAGAUCAUUUCUUGAGUAUGUACAGCCCUUUGAAGACAAAUGUGCUGGUAAAAUAUACUGUGAAAUGUUGCACAUCUCUAAGUAUUGGUCAAAUUAUAAAACAGAACAGAAUGGAUUUUGGUAGUGUUUAGGAUAUUCUUUGGGUUUAAUGCUGCAGUAGUUUUUUAUCACUUAUUAGGUACACUAAGCUUUGAGGUUUCUCAUGUGCCUGGUUUCACUCUGGAAAAAAAUUGUUGGAAACUAUUGUGGCUUUCAUUUUCAGGAAAUCAUUGCUUUUUUCAUUGAACUGUGUGCUGUAAUCUUCUGUGAGGUUGUUGGUUACCUGCUGCAAAGUAUUAACACACUCUGUAUGUUAACUGUUCUAAUUUUUCAACUUUAUGACAGUUUUUAUGCUCAGGGAAAAAUAUUGUUAUUUUUCCAUUUAUCUAUUCUAAUAGCAGUUAAUUCUGGUUUUUGUAAGCUAUGAAAUGUGCAGAAUAAUUUGACAGUGUACAAGCAUGCACUAUCAUUAUCACCUUGGUAAUGGUGAUUAUUAAUUUUACUCCAAACGUUUUGCCAUCUCUACAUUUUUUAAAAUUAUUGAUAAACCAAGUGUAAUAAUAAUAUCUGACUAAACCUAUAUUUUGCUGAGACUAGUGUGAUUUAACAUAAAAAUAUUUCUUAAAGUCUUAGAUAAGUUGCACCGAAUAACAAUACCAAGACUACCUCAAGGUGUGCAUGGAGAGGUAUGUAGGUUUUUUUCUGAAGUUUUUACUAUUCUCUGUGUUGUGCUUAUUCUAAAGUUAUAAUGCCUGUGAUAAAUGUUUCUUAAAAGUAUACAUAAAUGACUUCAUAUUUUUUUUUUUUUGUAAUUUAAUACUGUAACUUUUUUUUACUUGAGGGCGACAAGCAGAAUACAUUUAUGAAAUGAAAAAAUAUAAAUAAUAAUUAAUGAAUACUGUUAUACCAGGCACUAACUUGUUUUAUUCUUUGACAUGUAAUUAUUUAUCCACAUUUAUGAAAAGGGGGAAAAAAAUAGAUAAAGAAUGUUAUACCAGGCACCAGUGUGAAAACAUGAAACAUGUGCACAGUAUUUUAUUACAGCUUUACUUAUUAGAUAUUUUACUAUUUACUCUUUAUUUUGCAAGAAUUAUAUAUUUUUUUCUGUUAUUGAUUUGUUUUGGUCUCCCUCUCCAAUUUAAACUCUAUCAAAGCAUGGCAUUUUUAAUUUGUUACACAGAAACCUUUUUUACUGGGGAAAAAUAACUUUAUUUCUAACAUAAAUACUUUUUUGAAAAUGAUACGUCAUCAUUGAGGAGUAUAUCAACAAACGGUAUUGUGAUAGAGCUGUGUGCAAACCAGUCAAAAUAGUAUAGGUUUUUUUGCAGUUUGAUUACGAAAAGUGACUAAUGAAUCUGAGGUCUUAAAACUAUGGUAAAUCGUAAAAAAAAAAAUUGUGGUUAUAAGGAUGUGGUGCUUAAUUAAACAGAUUUUACCUAAAAUAAGUAGCGAAAAGUUUUUUUUUUGUACCGAUACAGCUUUCAACCCUGAUUUAUAUUUGCAUUGUUGCUGUUUUAAUUUCUGACUAUAUUCAUUCACUGUUGUCUGUUGUCAAUUUUCAAACUGUUAUAAUUUUCCAAAAUGCUUCAUGUGUAGAAGUCACAGCUGUUUGUACAUAGAUAUUGUCAGAGAUAUUUGUUUUGUGUAGUACUUUAUAAUUUCUGCACUUUUUAAGUCUGUUAAACCUGUUAUAUUUACGUUUAGCAUCUCCACUCUCCCCAUUAUUUUAUGGGUUUCAUUUACAUUCCCCGAUUCCCACUUUCUGUCAGUUGACUGGAAAAUGUGAAUGAAAGAGGGGUUUACCCAUGGCAAGGUUUGGGAACAUCAAUCUGGUUAUGUGUUCAAAAAUGUCAUACUUUAGUGAUGUAAGGUGAUGAUACACACUGAAUUCUUUUUGUUCAUAUGUGUGAUAAUGUAAAGUACUUUGCAGUAUGGAAUAUUUGUAGCAUUUACAUUGGAAAUGUUUUGUUUGUCAGCCAAGGAUGUGAGUAGUCAUUUUGUGUCACUCUCUUUGCUUGCAGUUUUUUGUACAGGUGAGAAUUGGUAUACUUUGUAAUAGCAGAGCUUAUAUAUUUUAUAUUUUGUUGGAUACUUUUUUGUCAUGUGGUGUUUUAAAUGGUCUUGGUCGGUGUAUAUCAUUGACAUUGGGUCACGUGAUUUACAAUUCUGUUGAAUUUUCCCAUUUUGGCACUUAUUUCUUGUUCAAUCUUAGCAGAAUUUUUGGUUUGGAAAUUGCUUAUAGUCUGUCAGUAAAAUGUAUAACAACACACUUUCUGUUGGUUGGUUGCAUUGACUUGUGGAUUUGCAUGUUGUGCGCAGUGGGAGGUCGCUAGAUACGCAAGCCACAGUCGUGUUGCAUAGCCUCCCACCACAGACAGUUCUAUUAUUACGCCUUUUAUUAUUUGCAUUCAAAAAAUUUUCUAUGUAUGUUAAGUACUAUUUUUUUCUUUCCCUGUUUGCAAAGAUUAUGGACCCCAUGACAAUGUUUGAAGUAUGGAGUAAUUCCUUUUUUUUAAAGAGUGUAAAUAUCCAUUUGUUGCAAUUUUUUAUGUAUUUAUGUAUAGAUUUUACGAAUUCUGUGUAUGACUGAUGAUUCCAUGUGUGCAAGUUUAGUUGCAAUUGUUGAUUUUGAGUUUUUGAAGUAAAUUUUCCAAUAAAUUAUUUAAAAAUGGCCGUGAAUAAAAAUUUUAUGAGAAAGAUA